AUAGCCUAUGCAACCAAUACAUCAUCGUCUUCCCAUCUUAGAUCACACACAUACACACACAGUAUAAUAUUGCGAAACACACGAACUUAACCAGUCUUCAUCUGUUUGUUAUGUGAGACGGUAUUGCGCGAUAAACUACGAUUAGUAAAACAUAACCUAUAAAUCGGCGUUUUCAAGUGUAUAAUGUACAAAUUUGACUGUUAUAAUUCGCAGUUUUUUGUGAGUGGUUUGUAAAAUAAGUUUGUGUGUGGUAUUUAAACUGUUAUUUCAAUAUGAAGACGAUUUUAUUUGUAUUUGGUGUAUUGUUCGUCCUUAAAACACCGAUACUUGCUGCGCCAUCUAUCGAGGACUGCCCGCCCGAUAGCGUCAUCUUUGAAGAUAACUGUAAAUGCGAUCUGUCUACUUGUUCGAAGCCUCCUUGUUUUUCACAGUUACAGUUAGCUACAAAUGGAACCGGUCUUCCGGGUCAGUGCUGUCCCACAUAUGAAUGUAUAGGAUGUAACGAAACUGAAAAAAUCAAUGGAAAAUGUCCGUGCGGAAAGGGCGCUGUAAUUAAUGGAUAUAAAUGCGAAUGCGUGGACAAAGAAAAACAUUUGGUUAAUGGCGAAUGCGUUUGUGAUCCACGUCUUUGUCCACUUCCAAUACUGUGCGACAAAAAAUCAGUACCAGUGGUUCAUACUGAAGGCUGCUGCAAAAUUACAGAAUGCACAAAAUGUCCAGCAGACAGCGAAUCCACAAAUGUCGAAGGAGAUGAAAUUGAGGAUCAUUGUGUCUGUCUCCCAUGUAAGACAGAAUGUGGAUUUAACAGGACACCUGUUAUUAAGAGACCUGGUAAGGGAAUUCCCGGCAAAUGUUGCGACCUCUAUGAAUGCAAACAAAAUGAAGAGAUAAAAGGAUGUAUCCAUGAAAAUACCAUUUAUGAAAAUGGUGAACAGUGGUUCAUACCUCCUCUACAAUUAUGUAGAUGUGAUAACGGCUUAGCGCUUUGUUCUAACCAAAAAGAAAAAGACUCUGCAUCUUGUUUUGUUGAUAAUCAAUUCCAUAAUCAUUCAGAAACUUGGACUAAGGACGAAGGAUGUACUUUGUGUACUUGCAUUAACGGUAUAGAGAAAUGCAUCUCCCAUUACUGCGAUGUAAAAGUAAAUUUAGUGCAUCGAAACAAUUCUUGUAACAGCUCCGACAAUGUAUCUCGUCUCCAUUUGGAGAAAUGGAUAGAACGUGAUAAUUGCACGACAUGUUUGUGCGACAACGGUUUGAUAGAUUGCAACCGAGAAUUGUGCGAAGAUUCAAUACCUACAACGACCUCGAUAGCAGAAUGUCAACCUUUAGCUAAUUGCAACAAAACUUGCAUAAAUGGUUACAGAAUUAACAGAAAAGGAUGCGAAAUAUGUAAAUGUAAUUCUGUCAAAUUACAACAAGACAUCUUAACGAGAUAUAAUAUUUCAAUGAACGAUCUUAUUAAAAUUUUGGACGAAUAUAAAACGAAACGACUACCUACGACUAUUCCCACUACUAGUUCCACUGUUAGUACCAGUACUUCUUCGGCGACUGUCGAUAAAAGCGUUGAAAUCGAUCAUGACAUAGCACCAGUUGUUAUUAGUAACAGAAAUGCAGAAUUUUACGAAGGAUACCCCACAACUACUACAACUGAACCUUCAGUAACGCGUACAGAUAAAGAAAAUGAUUCUUUGAUUUACAUCGUAAUAAUAGUUUUGUGCUCCCUGCUGUUUGUGACAGUUUUGGUAAUAUUACUGGUAUUUCUAUGCAAGAAUCGUAGAAAAAGCAGCCUCGAUUUGUCUCAAUGUCACUAUCACACUGUCAACAACAACAACACAAUCAAAAAAACUGAUCAACUUCUUUAAAACGAUUUCUCCGAAUUUAAUGUGAUAUCAGAUUACUUACGUAAAUAUUACACAAAAUUAGUUUUGUUCGAAAAAAAAUCCAAGGUGAAUUGGAUUUUUGAUUAUUGUUGGGUAAAAUGUUUAUUGUUUGAACAAAAUUUUUUAUAUAUUUACAUAAAUACUUGAAGAUAUAUUCAAAAAAUCGAAUGUUACCACAAAAAGGUACCGCUAAUAAAAACACGAAAGGAUGUGACAAAGUAAUUAUUUGCUAUUAUUUUUGAAUAUGCGACUGUUGCUGAGAUAGAUGUUAAUUUAUUUUUUUUUAUGUAAUAAGGAAUGUUGAAAAUAUGUAUUUUUUUAAAGGAUACUUUUAUUAAUUGUUAUUUGUUCCAACCUCUGUAUAUUUGUUUGGAACCGUUGGUGAUAUUCAUACUGAACACAAUAUUUAUUUAUACCAUUACAACAACAUUCGCAAUUACAAUGUCUGACGCUCGUUUCGAUAACCAAGUUAUCGUCUUCAGAGACUGACUAGUUUGCCUUCUCCCCAACUUUUCCCUAGUUUCCCCUUUCUCGUCAUCCUACUAGAUUCCAAUCAAGAUUUUCUUUUGUUCGUCAUGCAAUGAAUUUGUUUCUUUAUUCCAAUUUCUUCCAUUCUUCCUUUCUAAUUUCGAUCUGUCUUUGGCUCUUGGUCUAAAAUCCAUUUCUGUCGAUUCGAUGGUGCUUUCAGCUACAAUAUGUUUUUUAUAUGUUGUUUUUCAAAGUUUCUCAUAGUUUGAUCAGUGGUAUGUCAUCUUGAACUCUUUUUAGGCCUACAAACAGUAGGUGAUUUUCUUAUUUACUAUUGCCAUCUCUCCAGAACAACUAAUUCUAUUAAUUAUAAUGUUGAAAAUAGUCCUCUAAUGAUUUCAUUUACAUUUUUUUGUUUAUAUUUUUCUAAUCAUCUACAAUAUAUGUCUAUAUGAUAAUAUUAAUAUCCAUUCGACAUAUUCAACUUGCAACUUGUUUUUUUUAUAUCCUUUAAAAAAAUUGUACUUCUUAUAUAUAUAUUUUUUUAUUAGAGUCGGUAUGCAGGGUAUUUGAGAAGUAUGUUUAUUGUGUACAAAUAUAUA